UUCUAAUGUCUCUAAUUUUUAUUUCAGAGGAAAUUAAAUUCCGGGGACAGGAAGGUUUACAAAGGGCACGGAAAUACAGAGUGGACGUGACUUUGGAUGCAAACACAACUCAUCCUUACCUCCUCCUGAAAGACAAUGACAAAAGUGUGGUUUUCAGUUCAGAGAAACAGGAUCUGCCCAAGAGUGAUGAGCGCUUUGACACCUGGUUCUGUGUCCUUGGCAAGGAGAGAUUCACUUCUGGAAAAUUCUAUUGGGAGGUCAAGGUAGCACAGAAGAUCAAAUGGACUCUGGGACUCUGUGACGACUAUCUGCAGACAGGGGGCAAUCCAGGCCACUCCAGAGGCUGGGUUAUGGACCUUGUGUCUGAGAAAGGGGAACAUGUACCAGGCCCUCUCCAAUCCUCAGAUCCACCUUCAGCUUGAAGAGUUCCCCCAGAUAGUUGGAAUUUACUUGGACUAUGAAGGGGGCAGAAUCUCCUUCUACAAUGUUACUGCUGGCACUCAUAUCUACACCUUCCGUGACACUUUCACAGGGACCCUAUGGCCUUAUUUCUAUCCUGGCCCUGUCUAUGGAGAGGAAAAUGUGGCACCUCUCACCAUUUUGUCCCAGGCAGAGAGGGGAUCCUCAACCCAGAAUGCUUGAGUAAUAAGUGAUACCCUCGGGCAUUUAGGUGGUUCAGUGGAUAGAACAAGGUAAGAAAAUUUUAAAAAGGGGAGAGAAUAAGCAUUUCUAUAGCCUCUAUGCUAUGCCGGGCAUUGUGCUGAACUCUUUCACAAUUAUUAUCUCAUCUGGUCCUUACAACAAUCCUGAGAAGUGGGUGCUAGUAUCAUGAUUCACAUUUUGCAGUUGAAAAAACUGAGGC